AGGGAGAGAGAGACAAGGUUGGUGGUUUCAGGCACAGCCACACACAGCUCUUUCGCCCAUUAGCCUGUCUGUCUGCGUCUGUAGCAUGGCAUUGCUCAACAUUGGCAGAAUGCGUGUUACCAGCACGAUUUGUAAAACCUGACACAGAAUAUCCACCGAGCGAUUAUUCGGAUGUUUUCUGCUGCAUUCGUGAUUCAUCCUACGUGACUCCGUAAUUUGUGGAUAUAUUAUUGACUACCGUCUGGGAUUAUUGCGGAGAAAGGCGAAAGGGAUUCUUCGCGUCCUUUCGGUAAUUCUAUGGCUGCUCUCUCUCUGUAGAAAUACUAUCUAUCGGGAUAUCUCUUAUGGAGAUGGAUUGCUGAUACUUUGCAAUGAGAUCGGGGAUGAAUUGCUCGGUUUAAAAAUGCUGCUUUGGAUUCUGCUGCUGGAGAUAUCUCUUUGUUUUGCCGCUGGGAACGUUACCAGAGACGUUUGCAAAGAAAAGAUCUGUUCUUGUAACGAGGUAGAAGGAGAUCUGCACGUAGACUGUGAGAAAAAGGGAUUUUCGAACCUUCAGCAUUUCUCUGCCCCCACAUCCCAAUUCUACCAUUUGUUCCUGCAUGGGAAUUCUUUAACGAGGCUUUUCCCUAAUGAGUUCGCUAACUUUUACAAUGCCGUCAGUUUACACAUGGAGAACAAUGGUUUACAUGAGAUUGUUCCUGGUGCCUUUCUGGGAUUGCAGCUGGUGAAACGUUUGCACAUUAAUAAUAAUAAAAUCAAAGCUUUCAGAAGACACACUUUCCUUGGACUGGAUGAUCUAGAGUAUCUCCAGGCUGAUUUCAACCUGUUAAGAGACAUUGACCCGGGUGCGUUUAGAGAUUUAAACAAGCUAGAGGUUUUAAUUUUGAAUGACAACCUCAUUAGCACGUUGCCUACUAACGUGUUCCAGUAUGUACCGAUCACACAUCUGGAUCUCCGGGGGAACCGAGUUAAGACCUUGCCCUAUGAAGGAGUCUUGGAACAAAUCCCAGGCAUAGCUGAAAUCCUCUUGGAGGAUAAUCCUUGGGACUGCAGUUGCGAUCUGUUAUCUCUAAAGGAGUGGCUAGAAAAUAUCCCAAAGAAUGCAUUGAUCGGUAGAGUUAUUUGCGAAGCCCCCACCAGGCUACAGGGCAACGACUUGAAUGAAACCACAGAGCAAGAGCUUUGUCCCUCAAAAAAUGCAGUGGAUUCAAGCCUGGCUGCUCCCCCUGCCCAGGAUGAAACCUGCGAUCCUGGACCAAUCCCAACCCCAUUUAAGGUCAACGGGCAAGAAGAUCCUGCCACCCAAGGCUCAUCAGUAAGCGGGGGUACAAAAACCCCAGGGAACUGGCAGAUUAAAACUCGACCUACAGCUGUUGUGUCAGAAAUGAAUUCCAAUUACAAAGCCCCCCACGUGUUUGUAUGCCCAUCGUUCUGCAGUUGCGGUCAGCAAAUCCUUGGCCCGGGUCUAAAAGUUGACUGCAGUAGCAAGAACGUGAAGAGCUUGGCAGAUCUGGAGCCCAAACCACCAAAUGUCCAGGAAUUGUUUCUAAGGGAGAACAAGAUCCAUACCAUAAGAAGAUCGCACUUUGGGGAUUAUGGCAAUUUAACUUUACUGGAUUUGGGAAAUAACAACAUAGGCAUGGUAGAGAACAACACCUUCCAGAAUUUAACAGAUCUUCGCUGGCUCUACAUGGAUAAAAACUGUAUAGAUACCCUAAUGCCGGAUAAAUUCACAGGACUGCAGAGUCUGGAAUAUUUAAAUUUGGAAUUUAAUUUCAUUCAACUGAUCCUCCCAAACACAUUUAAUCCAAUGCCCAACCUUAGGAUCCUGAUCCUAAAUAAUAAUCUCCUUAAAUCACUACCUGUGGAUGUUUUUGCUGGAGUCAGUCUUUCCAAACUGAGUCUUCACAACAAUUAUUUUAUGUACCUUCCAGUGGCUGGGGUCUUGGAUCAACUCACUUCUAUCAUACAGAUUGAUUUACAUGGCAACCAGUGGGACUGUUCCUGCAACAACGUGCCUUUUAAACAAUGGGCAGAACGCCUUGGCCCCGAGGUAAUUGUAAGUGAUCUCAAAUGUUAUUUCCCGGAAGAAUUUUGGGGGAAAGAUUUCAGGUUUCUUUCCAAUGAUAUGAUGUGUCCAUUACUGUAUGCAAAAUCACCCACCACUUUAAAUUCACUUAACAAAAACAGUACUGGCUUGACUGAAACCAAUACUCAUCCAAAUUCCUACCUAGAGACCAGCCGAGUUUCAAUAUCUGUUCUUGUACCAGGACUCUUGCUGGUGUUUGUAACCUCUGCCUUCACAGUAGUUGGGAUGCUCGUCUUUAUCCUUAGAAACAGGAAAAGAUCAAAGAGAAGGGAUGCCAACUCAUCUGCAUCUGAAAUCAAUUCCUUGCAGACGGUGUGUGAUUCUUCUUACUGGCACAAUGGACCAUAUAAUACAGAUGGCACCCAUAGAGUUUACGAUUGUGGAUCUCAUUCCCUAUCAGACUAGUUGUCUAUGGCUGAGGCACAGGGGUGGUAGUGAGGGGAGGAGGGUAUCAUGAAAGCAAUUAUCCCUGCACCCCACAGCUUUCACAUAUACAAAAAGGGACACGGAGAUGGAUGUGUAUAGCUCUAAUAUCUGCUCUGAUUUUGCCAAUUCCAUCAAAUAGAAUUUAUUUCAAUGCUACCUUAAUUGUGAAUAACAAAAAGUGGACAUCAGUAAGGAACCAAGUAUCCUUCAAGAGACAUAUCUAUAUGUUAGGUACCCUUAUGGGCUACCUGCAGCAUUUGACAUGGAACACAACGGCUAUAGAUGAUGUAACCAUUCUUAGAAAUGCGAAAAUAUUUAUCAAGGGGGUGUUUUGAAGGAAGAUUAGAGGCUGGAGUUUGGUUGGGAGGGGGGCUAUACCAUGCAGCAUUUGCUCACUGCUGUGUUGGUGCAGUUGGCUGAACAUUGCAAGAAGGCAUGAAUGUAAUGUAAAUAAAUGACUCCCAAUAUACCAAGUGCUGCAUGGCUCGCAUGGAUACAACGUACGCUGGGGGGCGCUCGAGUGAACCGAAGAUCACGUAUGGGCAUACAGUCUCUUUGCACCCCCCACCAAGGCUCAUCUUGUCCAACUCUCUCUAUACAGUAUCGGUAUACGAAAAGUGCCAUUGCUUUAUCUUUUAUAAUGGAUACAUAGUAUGGAUCAUCAUUACUGUGGGGAAACAAAUAUCAAAAGUACUGUUUAAUUUAAGACGUGUCUGCAUGAAUAUUCAUAGCAAUUACUUAUUUCUCUUUCUUUUUCCUCCCCUGUCCUUAUUUUUUAAAUAUUUUGCAGACAAUUUUUGUGUUUGAUUAUAUAUUUACAUUUGCAUUAUCUUUAUGAAUGUAAAAAAAGGAAUUAUCGUUUUUUUUUUCCUUUUCAUUAUGGUUACAGUAAACACUCAAGGGGGUAUUCCGAUGCAGACGAGCAUCUGGAUUUAACCCCAUGGGGGCCGGGUGAGUGUACAGAAAAUAAAUAUGUGGCUCAUCUGUUCGACUUUCAAAAGGGUUAAUGUCAUUGUUGAGCUUAAGGUGAGAGUAAAACAAUGGAUGUACAAAAAAAAAAGCUCAGUUUUGGAGGUGCUCAAAAGAAAAAUAAGGAAAUAACGCUGAAAUUCAGUAAUUAUAUUGGAAAAUUUUAUAAUGGCAUAUUUUUCAGUAUUAAAGUGAAAUGUUUCCAAAUGUUGGCUGUGAUUGUCAGUUGUUGGGGUUAUUUUUGGUCUUGCAAUUUAUUUGGAUUUGUAGAUUCCUCCAUUUUUUGAUGAAGAAAUGCAAUGGGUUUUAUAUGCCCCCUCCCCACCAUGAUACAUGAUAAGUUAACACAGGGUAAUGCAGAUGCAGCAUUCUAGAAGCUCCUCUGGAAUUCAUGUAAUUGACUUGCCAUAGACCAGUCUCAUUAACUGAUUCUAGAUUUGAAUCGUCAGCAUUUCCAGCCCAGAAUACAGCUUGAAUGACUGACAGUCUUGUCUGCAGAAUAUUAGCAUCUGCUGGAAAUUUGAAAAUGAAUUAGUUAACCAAGCAUCUCAAGUCUUGUUGUUUUUUUUUGUUUUCUUUUUUACUAUCACAAUACAAUGUAUGAAUAAAUCUCUUUGUUUUGAAACAUU